UGGACUAAUUUGACUAAUACAAUUACAGAAAAUGAGAAAAUCAAAACCCACCACACACAAACAUAGAACAAUGUCAUCAUCUUCAACCUCAGAAAACCAAAACCCACCACAACUUCGAAAAGACCCAAUUUGGAACCGCUGGGUUAUAUUCUCACCAGCAAGAUCAAAACGACCUUCCGAUUUCAAAUCCAAAUCAUCAUCCAACCCUAAUCCCACCACCAACUGCCCUUUCUGCAUCGGCAACGAACACCAAUGCGCACCCGAAAUUUUCCGGGUCCCAUCCGAAGACCCGAAUUGGAAGAUUCGGGUUAUUCAGAAUCUAUUCCCUGCUCUUUCACGCGAAUUGGAUGAUCCUGUUGAUGGAGCUUCCGGUUCGGUUUUGGAUGGGUUUGGGUUUCAUGAUGUUGUUAUUGAAACUCCGGUUCAUUCGGUUCAGUUAUGUGAUUUGGAAAGGGAAGAAAUUGGAGAGGUUUUUGUUGCUUAUACUAGAAGAAUUCAACAACUCGUUGAUCGUCACUCUAUCAAAUAUGUUCAGGUGUUUAAAAACCAUGGUGCCGCAGCUGGUGCAUCAAUGAGUCAUUCACAUAGUCAAAUGAUUGCCCUGCCAGUUAUUCCGCCUAGUGUUUCUGCCCGUCUUGGAAGUAUGAAAGAUUUUUUUGAUCAGACCGGGAAAUGCUGUAUUUGUGAAAUUCAACGUGAGAAUCUAUUGAUUGAUUCGUCCACCUACUUCUUUUCAUUGGUUCCUUAUGCUGCUUCAUUUCCUUUUGAGAUAUGGAUUGUUCCUCGAUACCACUCUGCACAUUUCCAUGAAUUGGAUGCUGAAAAGGCAAUUGAUCUUGGAGGUCUGUUGAAACAAAUGCUAAAUAAGAUAUCUUUGCAGUUGAACGAUCCACCAUUCAACUUUAUGAUUCACACUAGUCCACUGCAUGGCAAUGAGUCAGAAUUGGCAUACACACAUUGGUUUAUACAAAUAGUACCUCAACUAGUUGGGACGGCAGGUUUCGAGCUUGCAACUGGAUGUUACAUAAAUCCAGUUUUCCCCGAAGAUGCCGCUAAGGUUCUAAGAGAAGUAAAUGUUUCAGAGUCAGGAUAAAAAGGGUAGAAACAUACUGUUUAACCUAGGGCCUGUUUAGAUUAGUUUAUUUGAGUUUAUCUACAGGAAUAAGCACUUUUGAGGCUAUUUGGGAGAAUUUGUGGAAACAACUUAUGACAUGUCCGCUAGCUAUUUUCAACUUUUUUCUAUAAACUCUCUAGGACAGCUUAUGAAAACAGCUUAUAGCAUAUAUGAAAAUAGUUCGACUUUAUUUUAUUUUUUGUUAUAGAAAUAGUUUAUACGUAAGCACUAAGCGUUUAUGCUUUAAGUGCUUAAUUAAGUUGCUUUUCCAAACUAAGCCCUAAGGCCUAAUCUCAAACUUAUGUAAUUUAAUAAAAGUGUUAUUCACACAUUUA